GAACAGCGCGGUGCGAGUAAUCCGGACGUUUUUUUCAAACGAAAAAAAAUCGACAUCCAAGAUAAAAGUUUGCCGAUCGACGAGUGACGAUCGUAACACUCGGAGUGUUGUACUUCAUUGCAAUUAUAAUUUUCGUUAUCGUCGCAACAAAACCCGCGUUCAUCCCAAAAAUUAUUUUUAUGUUUUAAUUAGUUAACCUUUUUCGUUUUUGUUGUUUUAUUUUUUUCCAAAUCACUCAACGCUACUUGUAUAAAUUCAAUUUAUUUGAUAAUAUAUUCGAACCACACAACUGUAAUCGUCGGCCGUCUUAAGCCUUUUUCCCCUCAGACCGACGUGCAUCAUUUUCAUAAGAACAUAACAAUAUGUGGAACGACGGUUAUCAUCAUCACAGUUGUAACAGAAACGGUAUCUGUUCCUUUUACAGAAGAAGGCACAUCUACAGAGACUUUCAGUCGAAAAUGAAAUCUGUCGAACAGGGCACGCCGUUACCUAUAAUGCAGAACGGACGUCUAAACGUUUCGACAGACCUCAACCACGUGCGACCCGCCGCCAUGUUAUCCACGUGCGAUGGUGGCCAUCGCGGAACCGCUGCCACCCCGGGUGGCCGCGCACAACAAACCGAUCUCAGCCGCCUGGCCGUCCUGAGCUACGAACAGGUGGCCCGACUUAACGACGUGAUGGACGAGACGGUCAGCAUCCACGGCCGUGGAAAUUUUCCCACGCUCGAGGUGCGCCUUCGCGACUUGGUGGCGAUGGUGCGCGACCGACUGCGCGCUCAAGCAGCUCCUGAGGACGACGACGUCGCGUUUCCGACCGAACGGUCUGCGGCACCGUCACCGGACGCCGACGACACCUGCUUUCAGGUACGGAGUAUUAGACUGAACGGCGGGGCGGCUUCGCACGUGCUGACCACAGACACCCAGCCAUACAACGACCUGGACCUGAUAUUCAAUAUUAGCCUGUCCGGAAACCGGGAUUUCGACCGCGUCAAAUCGGCUGUGCUCCGGGCACUGGUUGAUUUGCUACCGGAAGGAGUCAGCCGUAAGAGGAUGACGCCGUGCAGCAUCAAGGAGGCAUACGUGAGCAAAAUGGUCAAGGUGAACAAGGACGGCGACCGGUGGUCGCUUAUAUCACUGGGCACGUUGCCGGGCCAGCGGAACGUCGAACUCAAGUUCGUCGACCGGAUGAAGAGGCCGUUCGAGUUCAGCGUCGAUUCGUUCCAGAUCGUACUCGACUCGCUGCUGCUGUUUUACGAGUGUUCCAGCGGCGUGCCGAUUAGCGAGAGCUUCUACCCAACCGUAGUCGGUGAAUCCGUGUAUGGUGACUUCCGGGAUGCCAUGUAUCACCUGGAGAACAAGCUGAUAGUCACCAGGAACCCAGAGGAAAUCCGGGGCGGCGGGCUGCUCAAGUACUGCAACCUGUUGUUGCGCAACUAUGCGCCUGACUAUGACGGUGACGGCACCAAGAAGCUGGAGCGGUAUAUGUGCUCCAGGUUCUUCAUCGACUUUUCCGAUAUACACCAGCAGCGCGCCAAGCUGGAGAACUAUUUGAAAAAUCAUUUUUGCGCGCCUCAAGAGGAAUAUAUGAAGCUCCAGUACCUUAACGUGCUGAAACAGGUGGUCGAGGAGAGCACCGUGUGCCUAAUGAUACAUGAAAGGCAUCAGACGCUGUCGCUGAUCGCCGAACUUUCGUGGCGACUGAUGGCCGGUCAAGGCAUGUACUACUAUUAUCAUCCACAUCCACAACCGCAGCUGACCAUGUCCAUUGGACACCACAGCCAAUUGCCGGCACAACUACAUUGCCCUUCAUAAGUGUGUUUGAAUUUGAUUUUUUUUAAAUUUUAUUAUUAUUAUUAAUUUUUUUUAGAAAAAUGAUACGUUUAUCAAUUUAACAACAAAAUGUUCAUCAUAUGUUAUUAUAUAUAUACAUGAUCUCUAAAAAACAAGUCUCUCGCACUCUGCCCCGCCCCCAAGCCACCCCUCCAUCUCAACAAUUUUUUUUUUGACACCCGCGUAACGGCGCCGACCCAGUGAAUACAUUUUCACGUUUGUAUAUUGUACGUACGACUUGAAUGAUUUAUCUUUAAAUGUCUGUUAAUUUAUUUAAAUUGUUGUUUAAUAUAUUAUGAUAACACAUUCGAGUUUUACGUACGUUUUCCGUUUAUAAAAAUGUAUUAGGCUUUUUAGUCUUUAUAAAGUUGAACAAAAAAAAAAAAUUAUACUUACUUUUGUUACGUACUUAAUUGGCUACAAUUUUUUUUUGCGUUUUGGCAGCCAUCGUUGACUAUUACAUAUUAUUAUUUAUACUUAUAUCGUAUGAACUAAAAGAAGAAAUACAUUCUGCAGUAUACAGAGCGGAACGGUCGACAAAUGUAACACCAAAUUUGUUAUUAUGUUAUUACUUUUUUCUAAUCCAAUAUUUAAUUUACAAACAAAAUAAUAUUAAUAUAUAUUCAUACACGUAUCUAUAAUUUGGUAAUACACAGGACGGUUAAUAAUAUUGUAUGCAUUUUAAUCGCAUACGUCUUGUAGGUAAUAAUAAAGUUCAAUUGAUCCUCAAAUUCUAUCAUGAUUAAAUUUUUUAUAUCCUAAGAAAAAAUAUUUGGGCUCGAGUAUGAGAGACUUAUUCUUAUUAUUUUCUUUUUAAUAUAUUUGUAUAUAUAAUAUACACACAUACAAACACACAAAACACGUGCAUACUUCGUGAAAUUUCAAAAAUUUGUUGUUUUACUCGAAAUUAAAAAUGUUAUAAUAUUACGCGUUCGUGAUAAUAUCUCGAUCGGUGAGAUUGUGCGUAUUGCGGGGAAAAAAUUAUUAAACUAAAAAAAAAAAAAAAAUACAAAAAUACAAAAUAUAUGAUAUGAACCGGUUGUACUGUGCCGAAGUUUUUAAAUCGUAUAAUUAUAAUAUAUCAUUCUUAUAUAAUAUUAUUAAUUGCCUCCCUUACAAAUAUUGUGUGUGAAGUUAAUCUUUUUUUUAUUAAUUAAACCGGACACUUCCCCCCUCAAAAAAAAAUUAAAAAAAAAAAAAAACAAAAAAUUUUUAAUUAAAUUAAACAUCUUAUUUAUAACAUUGCAUUGUUUGUAAUAAACAUUCCGAUUUUUAAAACGUGUAAAUAAUUAUAAAUAUUAUAAUAUUACGCCGAGGAAACACAUUUUCGAAAAAAGAUGAACAUCGUCGUGACGCGCGCACGCACCAUCUCUCUACUAUUAUAGUCUGUAAACCAUACGAUUAUUAAAAAAAAAACAUCAACGGUUUUUCGUUUAAAGCGCGUACACUGCUUGAUAAAUAUGGAUUAUAAUA